CGGUUCCCGGCGUGCAAUGCGGCGGCGGCUGAGCCGGCAGCGGGCCGCCUCAGGCAGCCCUGGCCGGGCGGCCCCAGUCCUGUGCGGCGGGGAUACGAUGGCGGUGAAGCGGAUCCAGAAGGAAUUAACUGACUUGCAGAGGGAUCCUCCUGCCCAGUGUUCCGCGGGACCUGUGGGUGAUGAUCUGUUCCACUGGCAGGCCACCAUCAUGGGCCCGAAUGACAGUCCUUACCAAGGAGGUGUUUUCUUCCUGAGCAUUCACUUUCCUACGGAUUAUCCUUUCAAGCCCCCAAAGGUUGCUUUCACAACCAAAAUUUAUCACCCCAAUAUCAACAGCAAUGGCAGCAUCUGCCUCGACAUCCUCCGGUCUCAGUGGUCUCCAGCACUGACUGUGUCAAAAGUUCUCUUGUCCAUCUGCUCCCUGCUCUGCGACCCCAACCCUGAAGACCCUUUGGUGCCAGAAAUAGCCCAUACCUACAAGGCUGACAGAGAGAAGUACAACAGACUAGCAAGAGAAUGGACACAGAAAUAUGCUAUGUAAAUGCCUUGGAGCUUUUAUGGGAGAGUGUCCAAGAGAAGCUAAUCAGGCAGAGGUAUUCCUGCGAAACUCUGAGCUUUGGCUGAGCCACUUACAGAACGUCAUCUGUUCUUCAAACAAAUGUUGGUCACCCACUCUCUCCAGCUGCAGCAUGUUGGUGCCAUUCUCAGCCAUUAUGGCUUUGACAUCAUAUCUUUGAUGCCAAGUCAGCAGCCAUUGUGAUGAUCCGAAGCCUUCCUGUUUACCCUGGAAUCGGUCCCUCUGCCCCAGUUAAAAUCUGUUCGUCUCUUGGGGGCUGGGUCCUGUGCACCUCCCCUGCUUGUCCUCAAGUGGUGCCACCAUAGCACCACAUAGGGGCCUCAGCCUGGCCCCUCACCACGUCCUCUUCGCCUUUUAGAACUCAGCGCCAUCCUGGGUACCUAGGGCAGAGCAGGCUUACUUCCCACCCUGCCUGCUGUAGAACCACAUCCUGAGGAUUCCAGCUCCUCCAGCUCAUCCUGGAGGUUCCCGGGAAUUGGGAUCAGUGCCACUGGGAAGUGAAGGCCUGGUACUGCAGCUGCCACCAGUCUUCCUCUGCAAUGCCACAUGCUGGCAUUUCUCUUCUCACACCAAGAAGCAGCAAAUGGAAAAUGUCAGAAUAUAAAGCACAUAACACCCCAUGAGAGAUGACAGUGUUUUUAGAAGCAAGAGCAAAAUUAUGAAACCUCAAUAGAUUUGGGUUAUGCUUUUCUGUGUGAUGGGGUUUUUCACCAUCCCCUGCUCCUCCCACUAGGAGUCUAUACUAAGUCCAAGUAUGAGCCUUUCACACACUUGAACACAGGAGGGAGAGAGACUCUUAAAUAAAAAUGCAAUUCACUCAUAGCUCUAAAUGAUAGUUGACAUUUAAGUCUCCUUUUUCUUUCAGGUAUAACAAGAUAGACACUUUUAAUAGCUUUAUUCUAAAUUAGAUUAACUUGUUGAGUGACUGGCUUUCUCUCUUGGCUUUCUCAUGCAACACAUUUUAAGAUUUGCCCUUAGAGCUGAGAGUUUUGGGAUUAGGUUAGCUAAGGAAAGGUCAGGAAGGGAAUUAUUCUAAUAAAACCUCCAAAGAAGGAACAUUGAGGAACUUCACACUAGCCAAAUUUGAACUAGUCUUUUCUAGGUUGAUUACAAAGCGGGUCUACUCCCAGGAAGUGAUGCUUCAGUGAAUAGGAACAAGGGAUGGAGAAGCAGCAAAACUCUGUGACCAAAGCCAAAUUGGGCCUUUGCAGACCAAUUGGAAUGAAGUCUACAGACCUAACACCAGAGGAGGGAGGGAUCAGACAAAGGUGACUGUGGGAGUUCGAUUUACUCCAGAAACUUCCAAGCUACAACUUUAUUGCCAGAUAAUUUUUCUAGUGAAAUACUGUUAUUCAUGCCAUUACUUUCUCAGCAAAGGAUGAAGCACUUUGAGCCUGGUCUGCAUUUCCUUUGUAAGGGUCCCCACUUAGGAUCCUCCUGUUGGCCAUAAGCCCACUUUUUGGGUCCUGCGGGCCUGGUUCCUUGCUGCUCACCAUGGAAAGGAUUGUUGUUUUAAUUCUCUUUCCUUUCGGUCUUUAAAAAAAUAAAUAUUAAUAGAUCGGGAGAAUGCUAUUACUGAGGUGUCUUUCUGGAAGGCAGUCAGCAUAUGACUCUACUAAGCAGCAAUGCCUUGGGGUGCCUGAGAUCAUGUGCUUCAAGCAAUUAUCACUGCACCUGCAGCUGGGCAUUGCAGAACACUUUACACUUAGUGAUUUAUGUAGUUGAGGAAGGUGGUACUGAUUCACACAGGUCAGAGAAGGGAAAAUUCAGGUCCAAACUGGUGUUGGGGAGUAACAAUAUUAUGGUCUUUCAAGCAUAAUGGCUUAUAUCUUUCAAGAAAUGUUAAUUUUCUGAGUCCAAAGUUUCCCUAGGCUUGCUCUCUCUGUUAUAUGUAAUAAAGUAAAAUCAAUCCCCAGUAUAAAUUA